AUGUCUCAAGAACAACAAGAAAAAGUAGUUUUUGUUGGCACUAUCGCUUCUUCAAGUGCUUUAGACCAGUUGAAUGUUUUCAAGGGUUUUAUAUCUGUUGAAAAUGGGAAGAUAACUAAAAUAGGUUCUACAGCUGAAUACAACUCAAGAGAAACUUCAAAUGAAUUAUCAGGUUAUAAAAAAGUAAUCCUUCAUCAGAAUCAACUCUUAAUUCCUGGGUUUGUAGACUGCCAUACACAUGCUCCACAAUUUCCAAAUAUUGGUUUGGGACUAGACCGCCCAUUACUUGAAUGGUUGGACAAAUACACAUUCCCACUUGAAAGUAAAUAUGUGGAUGUCAACUUUGCUAAGAAAAUUUACGAACAAGUUGUGCAAAGGUUGAUUAAAAAUGGUACUACAACUGCUUGUUACUUUGGAACACUUCACCUUGAAGGAACAUUGCAAUUAGUGGAAUGUAUUAUAAAAUACGGUCAAAGAGCUCUCGUAGGCAAAGUAAGCAUGAAUGUCAAGAAUGACGCCAACUACUACAAUGAAACUGAAAAUGAAUUAAAUGAAGUUGAAACUUUCAUACAGAAAGUUAUGGGAUGUAAGAACAAUCUAGUAGCACCAGUUGUGACUCCAAGGUUUGCGGUCAGCUGUGAUGAAACAUUAAUGAAAGGACUGUCAGAGAUAGCAGAUAAAUAUAAUUGCAGAAUACAGAGUCACAUAUCUGAAAACCGUAAAGAAGUUGAAUAUGUACUGAGCACAAAUCCUGAUUGUAGGAAUUAUUCAGAAGUGUAUGAUAAACAUUAUAUUCUUAAUAAUAAGUGCAUAAUGGCUCAUGCAAUAUAUCUAGACGAAGAUGAAAUUUCAUUAUUCGCAACGAAAGGAGUUUCAAUAGCUCACUGUCCAGCGUCCAAUACAAGGCUUAAGUCAGGACUUUGUCCCGUCAGAAAACUUCUUAACAAUCACAUUACUGUUGGUUUGGGAACUGAUGUGUCGGGGGGUGACAGUGCUACUAUUUUGGAUGCGAUGCGUCGUACCAUGGAUGUCUCCACUCAUCUCGAGCUUCUUGAAAACAUGGGACCCGCAUUGAACUUUAAGGAAGUGUUCUAUCUCGCCACAUUAGGCGGCGCCAAAGCGUUACGCCUAGACGACAAGAUCGGUAGCUUUGAAAUUGGCAAAGAAUUCGACGCAUUGAUAGUUGACGUGUAUACGAAUGGCGGACAAAUUGAUCAGUAUGAAUACUCUAUGGAUGAAAAUGAAGAACAUUAUUUAUUGGAUCUCCUUCAACGUUUUAUUUAUUUAGGUGAUGAUAGAAAUAUUCGUCAAGUGUAUGUUAAGGGUAGGAAGGUAAAAGAUUUAUCUUGA